AGGUGGCAACAACCAAGAUUACUGAAACAUAGCUGAAGCAACAUGUCCCUAAAUUAUCGUAGCAGUCAUCGCGUCAUGAUCGAAUGAGGCGAAUCGCCGACAGUCUUUGGAUAUCUGUGUAAUGUGUAGGUAGACGAAACAAACAUUUUUUGUUAGAAAAUUCAAAAGUUUUAGCAAAAUCCUUGGCAUCUUUUUUUUAACUGAAACAACACGUGGGUAACAGUUGGUCACCGUCACAGAGGGAAGCUAUUUGUGCAGCUCUACAAGAUACAAUAAAUUAAACAUGAGUGGACGUUGGAAUGACGACAGUUUAAACUGUGAUUUCAAGAGCAUACACUGUAAGUUGGACCAAUUCGAAAAGAGUUUACAAUCCGUCACCGAUAAUAUGUCUGAAGAUAUGGUCUAUGAAAAGAGAAGCUUGGAAGAUCGCAUCGACAUGCUCCAAAGAGAACUGGAUAAUUUUGAACAUGACGGCGCGUCAAGCAGGGGUCGUGAGCCUUAUCGAAGCUCAUCACCAGGAGAGCUCGCUAAGGGGAAAGGAAGGUCCAGAUCGUUUCAGAGUUUGGGCCGGGCGUCCCAGUCGCGUCGCGCCUCCCCCGGCGGCGGCUGCAAGUGCCGCUGUACCGCCUUCCUCGACACGCGGACCACGUCGAACCCGGAGCGGGACAGUCUGAUGCAGGAACUGCGCCAGGAGCUGCGGGACAUCAACAACCAGAAACACGAGCUGCAGGAGAAAAUGUUCGGCCUGGAGGAGGCGCAGCGGCUGAGCGACAACGACACCCAGAUGCUGCAGAGCCAGCUGGAGUCGGACCGGGUCCGGUGCCGUCAGAUGGAGGAGGAGAAUGACGAGCUGAAGGAGGAGAUCAGCCGGCUGGAGAUCGCCAUGAACAACCUGCCCGUGGGCGACGGGUGCAACAUGCGCGACACGGCCGCGCAGAUCGCCCAGCUGCUGCAGUCGCUCAACGACGACAUGGUCAAGGCGCCCGAGCUCUGCAACCGGCUGCGGAUGGCCGCUCAGCAGAUAAUGGAGGGCGAGAAGCGGCUGACGAACGAGCGGACCACGCGGGCCAUGGACCAAGCCGAGGUGCAGUUUCUGCGCACGGAGAACCAGCGGCUGCGCGAGCUGGCCUUCCGCUCCAACAUGACGGCGUUCCAGGCGAGCGUGCAGCUGCCGCAGAACCAGCUGCAGUACCAGCAGCAGCUGCUGGGCCAGCCGCUGGGCCCCGGCGGCGUGUGCGCCGACCCGUACGCCGGCGCGGCCGGCGCGGCCGGCGCGCCCAAGCGGCGCGGCCUGCUGUCGCGCGUGUUCGGCAAGAAGGAGCCGCAGGAGGACACGGGCCCGGGCACGCUGCAGUUCCAGGACGGCAGCCUGGCCCAGUUCGACCCGGCCAUGACCAUGCAGCAGCAGCGGCUCUCGGUGGCGCUGCAGGAGGACCCCAGCGAGGCGGCCCGACGGCUCACCAUGCUCAACCAGGAGAAACGCAAAAUGAGCUGCUGUCCCCGCUAGGCGAGCCGGCCAGCCUGAUCUCCGGCGAAUGGCAAUAGGGCACAGCCGGCUGGCCUUUUGACAAGCUCAUCUGACAAUAUCAUGAUAUUUUGUUUUGAAAUUUGACUUUGUACAGGACUGUCAAUAAAUGCUCGUUUGCAAA